GAGACUCAGGCGCUGGCUGCCCCGUCCGCUCUCCGCCUCCGCCGCGCCCUCGUCGCCCGGGAUGGGCCCCCCCGCCGCCGCCGCCGCCGGAGCCGUCGCCUCCCGGCCGCCGCCAGAGCCGCACUCGCCCUGAAGCCCGGGCCCCGCGUGCACCGACUGGCCCUGCAGCCUCGCCCCCCUGCCCGCACCGGCGGGCGGCAGAGCGGUCACGAUGCUGCCGCCCUUACCCUCCCGCCUCGGGCUGCUGCUGCUGCUGCUCCUGUGUCCCGCGCACGUCGGCGGACUGUGGUGGGCAGUGGGCAGCCCCUUGGUCAUGGACCCCACCAGUAUCUGCAGGAAAGCACGGAGGCUGGCAGGGCGGCAGGCUGAGUUGUGCCAGGAGGAGCCAGAAGUGGUGGCUGAGCUAGCGCGGGGUGCCCGGCUUGGGGUUCGAGAGUGCCAGUUCCAGUUCCGUUUCCGCCGCUGGAACUGCUCCAGCCACAGCAAGGCCUUUGGGCGCAUCCUGCAGCAGGACAUCCGGGAGACCGCCUUCGUCUUUGCCAUCACGGCUGCGGGCGCCAGCCAUGCAGUCACGCAGGCCUGCUCCAUGGGCGAGCUGCUGCAGUGUGGCUGCCAGGCACCCCGCAGGCGGGCCCCACCACGGCCCCCUGGCCUGCCAGGCACCCUUGGGCCCCCUGGCCUUGUGGGCUCCCCAGAGGGCAGUGCAGCCUGGGAGUGGGGAGGCUGUGGGGACGAUGUGGACUUCGGGGAUGAGAAGUCCAGGCUCUUCAUGGACGCGAGGCAUAAGCGGGGAAGUGGAGACAUCCGAGCGUUGGUGCAGCUUCACAACAACGAGGCCGGCCGGCUGGCGGUGCGGAGCCAUACGCGCACUGAAUGCAAGUGCCACGGGCUGUCGGGCUCGUGCGCUCUGCGCACCUGCUGGCAGAAGCUGCCCCCGUUCCGAGAGGUGGGCGCGGAGCUGCUCGAGCGCUUCCACGGCGCCUCGCGUGUCAUGGGCACCAACGAUGGCAAGGCUCUGCUGCCCGCUGUCCGCAAUCUCAAGCCGCCCAGUCGCGCUGACCUGCUCUAUGUCGCCGACUCGCCCGACUUCUGCGCCCCCAACCGGCGCACAGGCUCUCCAGGCACGCGCGGCCGCGCCUGCAACAGCAGCGCGCUGGACCUCAGCGGCUGCGACCUGCUGUGCUGCGGCCGCGGGCACCGCGAGGAGAGCGUGCAGCUCGAGGAGAACUGCCUGUGCCGCUUCCACUGGUGCUGCGUAGUGCAGUGCCACCAAUGCCUCGUGCGCAAGGAGCUCAGCCUCUGCCUCUGACCCGCCGCCGGCCUCUCCCAACGGCGCGCAGCGCUGCCUCUCGUACCUGUGUGACCUCUGGGCUCCAGCAGGGGGCGCUGCCGUGGCCCAAUUUACCCUUGCAAAAGUCCAUCUCCCAAGCCUCUGGAAACUGAGGUUGGAGUUAUUCGCGUGCCCAGGAAGGCCCAGUGCAUCGGAGGGAUCCCCAGAGGUGCUUUAACGGGUUCUGGGGAGACUAUACGCUGUAGGGAGCUCUGCAGUUUCCCUCUUUUGGUCCCAGAUGGAAACUUCUCUAGGCCUCUGGAUGCGGGGUUCCUAAGAACUGCUGGCCAUGUGUUGGGUGGGUGAGUUUAGUAUCAAUAAAGAUAUUUAAACCAAUAGGACUGGGACCACAGUUUGGGAGGGGGGCUGGUCUCCUGCGGGUUAACAUGGGGCCAGGCUCUGGAAGGAGUGUCUAAAGGGAGAUGGUUGUGAUAGAACUGGGUCCCUAUCUUCCCCCGCCCCCCUCCCCCAUGGGACUGGGCUCUCCUGGCAACCAUGGUGAAGAGUGCCAAAUCUCCCCUUGGCAUUCUUCUUGUUCACUCUUGUCACACAUCUAGGGCCUGGAUCUACAGGAGAAGAAGUAGCAAUCCCUCUUUAAAGGAACAGACUCUUGAGAGGGUCUGGGGAAAGCAGACGGGAAGCCUCUGCUGGCGUACUCAGCUCUCAUCAACAUUCUAGGGGAGUGUGACACCCUCAUCUGCCCUUCUGUUUCUGUGAUCCCUGGGGGAUUUGUGGGUAGACUUUUAGGGCCACCCAAGCCCAUAGGAUUAAAGCACUUUA